UGCUUUUGAAAAUGCAGUUUUUGAAUACGGAUUGAUGGCGGCGGUUAACACCGAUAAAUUAUCAUUGAAUGCGGAGAGAUAAAAUCAGAAUUCCAGACACACUCAGUCACAGAACUUGAAGAAUUUGAGCAAAAAAUAAAUCUUGCAUUCAUAUGUGGCUUUCAUGUGAGACAGGUCGUUGUAGAAAUUAUUUCCUACCACCAGUUCUAACAUAAUUUGGCGCAUUAAAAAUGCAUAGACUUCCAUUCUGUUCCUUUGCAAUUCUCGCUCCAUGCUUCCCUCAAUUCGUUAUUCUAAAGAAUUUACAUAUGGUGGCUCAUUAGAAGCAAGACCAAUAAUCCAAUCGCCUUCUUGAACUCGGCUUUUUCAAAACAAAACAACCAUUGCUCGCAGGUUCAUUAAUAUUUAAGCAGGGAGUCCUAUUUGGCUCGGCGUGUUUAAUGUAACAAGUCAAGAAAUACUUGGUCAAUGUCAUGGAGUUUUAUUAGCCUAGUUAUUCUUCUAUCAGUCGAUUUUUAUUUUAAAAUGGCUGGAAAGGGGACAAGGUACCAGGACAGUUUACUCUCAGUGUCAAAAGUUCCUAUCUAUACUAAACAGAACCCUUCUUCAAAUUCUGAAAACGUUGCAGACAGCAUGGAGCAAAGUUACUUUGAAGAAUGGCCAAGCACGAAAGGCAAAGAGGCCAAAGGAUUAUCUGGAAAAUCCAGUAUUGUAAUUCAUGUUUGUGAUGAAGCUAAAAAUGUAAAACAAGAUUUUGUAUGCCAAAAGGAAUUGUUGAUUAAUGAAAUGAAAUAUUUUGCUGAUUAUCUGUCAAAUGAAACUGACAAGUGGGAAGAUGUUGAUAUUUCUGUUCACUGUGAUGUGUAUAUUUUUGAUUGGUUAAUGCGGUAUGUAAAACAAGAGAGUGUUUCUGUGGAGGAUAAACCCAAACUUGAGCCUUCAAAUGUUAUUUCAAUUUUGAUAUCAUCAGAGUUCUUGAAAAUGGAAAAAUUGGUGCAAGAAUGCAUUUUAUAUUGCUACAGGAACAUCUCAAAAAUCAUUGCCACGCCAUGUAACAUGAAUUGUAUAAAUGAUAAGCUAGUAGCAAGGAUUGCAAAACUUUUCACGCAUAAAGAGGUCGAAGCGAUUGCUGACAAAAAAGACAAGUUUAAGAGCAAACUAUUUUGCAAAAAAUUUGAAGAGCUUUUUAGUCCAGAUUUUGGAAAUGAGGACUGUCCUUCAAACGCAAGCACAAUGUUUCGGUGCAUUUAUUGUGAAAAACUGCUAACAGCAAAGUUUCAUUCUAAGAUCGAAUGCACGCCGGAUCGGACAAUAAUAGAUAACCGAGGAAACCUGAGCUACGGCCAUUCCCGCGACGAAGAUUGGGAUAUAAAUGACUACUUGCUGAACUUGAAAGGCUUGUUAAAGACUUGGAGAAAUGUUUACUGGAGAAUAUGGGGAACCAUUAACUAUCUCCAUUGUUCGCGGUGCCAAGAGACUUUCCCAUGCACGGAUUUUGGAGCAUGCGCAUUUCACCCACAACAACCUGUCUAUUCAAGCAAUUCCGGUAGCCUCGACAAAACCACAGCAUCGGCUGGCUAUAUGCCUUGCUGUAAGGCGACUGCCAUCAAAUUCAACCCAAUUGAAAAAUCAAAGGGUUGCACUUUUAGAGAACAUCUCGUCGAGGUUUGCUCUUCUGGGCGUGACGUAAGCGCAACAGAUGGCGCAGGUUAUGCGAAAAUCAAUCAUAAUCUGAACUCAAAAGCUGUAUAUGACCAGCUGUUGGCCCACAAGGAUGUUGUCUGUGUUCCCCCAAAGCAAUCAAAAUUUAAUGCAUUGCAUUUUAGAAAUGAGAAUAUAUUCAUCACAAGUAUUCUGAGCCCUGCAAGCAUGGCGCCUCCGCACGCAGCAGCAUCGUUAGCAAACUCAAAGCACAUGGAAGCAAAGCAGUCGCUUCGUUUUGAAAUGAAGUCGAGACGGGUUGCGAGAAACCGGGUGAAGAAUUACGAGGACGAAGAUGACAGUGAUUCCGAAGAAAAUGGUAUCGUCAGAGUUGUGAUCAACCCAACCAAACGCAACCCGAGAGCCGAAGACAAACCGUGCCCAACUUGGGAUACGUCAUUGCCAACAAGACUCAACCAAGAUUUGCAAAGAGAAGAUGAUUUGAGACGAAUGAAUGAGUUAAUGAUGUCUUUGGUCAAACGAAGAUUUGAUGAGACUCAGAAAACAGACAGCGAUAAAGCAUUGGAGAAUACACAAGAGGCUGCUACUCCAGGAACAUACCAUCGGAUUGAACAGCAGUUUCGUGCCAUGAUUUUAUCUUCUCGAACCCAGAAUCCCAACAGCUCUUCAUCCUCUUAUGGGUCAAGGCCCGGCAGAGUCUCAUCCGUCAAAUGAUGUUGGAUUCGACUUAAUGUGAUUGUGAACGACACAACUUAUUGUCAUGUAAAAUUACAUCCCUAAAAAUGCCAACUCCUAUCCAACUUGUUCUCAAUUUAUCUCUAUUCAAUGUAUUUUGUUAACUUUCUACUCGCAUGCCUUCCGUCAAAACCUACUGUAUCCUGA